GCGGGGCGGGCCCGGGGCGCCCUGGACCUGGUGCCGACCGCCGCGGUCUGGACACCCGAGGUGGGCGUCGGGCUGGGUCCCCGGCCCCUGCCCAGCGCGGAGACGCGCUUCCUCUUCCGCGUUCCCAGGCGUCGGGACCGGAGGGUCCCCGUAAGUUCGGGGUCCCCGCGAGUCCGAAUUUCCGCGAGUCCCGGGUCUGAGUAGUCUCGGGGCGUCAGGCUGCCCCAGCUGCGCACGGCCAGAAGGGCGCGGGGAUAAAGGAGGGGGCCUCCGGGAAGAUGAGGAAACCCGACGGGAAGAUCGUGCUGUUGGGGGACAUGAACGUGGGCAAGACGUCGCUGCUGCAGAGGUACAUGGAGCGGCGCUUCACGGACACCGUCAGCACGGUGGGCGGCGCCUUCUACCUGAAGCAGUGGCGCUCCUACAACAUCUCCAUCUGGGACACCGCAGGGCGGGAGCAGUUCCACGGCCUGGGCUCCAUGUACUGCCGGGGGGCGGCCGCCGUCAUCCUCACCUACGACGUGAACCACACCCAGAGCCUGCUGGAGCUGGAGGACAGGUUCCUGGGCCUGACGGACACGGCCAGGGCCGACUGCCUCUUCGCCAUUGUGGGGAACAAGGUGGACCUGAGCGAGGACGGGCCCGGGGAGAGCCGGCAGGAGGGAGGGGGCGGCCCAGGGCCGGCCGGCAGUGGCUGCGCAGCCCCCAGGCUGCCCAGGCAGGUGCAGCCGGAGGACGCAGUGGCCCUUUACAAGAAGAUCAUCAAGUACAAGAUGCUGGACGAGAAGGACGUGCCAGCUGCGGAGCAGAUGUGCUUUGAGACCAGCGCGAAGACCGGGCACAACGUGGACCUACUCUUUGAAACCUUGUUUGACAUGGUGGUGCCCAUGAUCCUGCGGCAGAGAGCCCAGGGGCCGCCGCAGACUGUGGACAUCGCCAGCUACAGGCCGCCUGCACGGACCAAAUCCGGGUGCUGUGCCUGACUCACUGGGCCCCAGCCCCCUGGGGUGCACGGACAGAGGGGUCCGGGCGAGCCGUGGUCAGAGGGGCAGAUUGGGGUCUGCACUGCAGGACUGCCCAUGUGAGGGGGCGACCCCGGAGGAAAUGACAGCCAGGUACUUAGAGAAGGUCAGUGUCACUCGUCCCCCGCGUGCAUCGCUGCUGUGGGAGGUGGGGAGCAGAUGGGUCGCCCAUGGAAGCCACCAGAGACCGCCGUCCCUUGGCUGCCCUGUCCUCACAACCUGACCUCCGACAGGUCUCCGCCUGUCUCGGCACCUGAGUGACUUUCAAACGUUUCUCCUCACUGUGAUUUCCCUUGGUCCUGCCGUUCAGUGCUUGUAUCUUGAUGCAUUAUAAUGAUUCUCGAGAAAUGCUAAUUUAUACAGAAUCAGGAAUCACUGCUUUUAUAUCAGUUGCAGCACUGGGAGCCAUGUGUAUGAUUAAAAAGGAUUUGAGAAGAA